AUGGCGGAGCUAUCCAGUCUCGAGAAAGGAGAACUGGAAUCCGAGAAACAACCCACACCACAAACGGCGCAGACACACAGCACCAACGAUGUCAAAGCUGACGGUGCCCUGGAGCUGCUGGCCGCAGCGAGUGAUGCUGGCUCCGGUGUCAGCGUGUCAUCGCCUGAAGCGAAACGUCUUGUACGCAAGAUUGACCUGUACAUCAUGCCGUUGAUAUGCAUUGUAUACUUCAACAGUUACCUUGAUAAAAUCGCCAUCAGCUACGGCAGCGUGAUGGGUCUUCGCCAGUCAGCCCAUCUUCACGGGAAUCAGUUCAACUGGGUUUCGAGUAUCUUUUUCUUCGGGCAGCUCGCCUUUGAGUUUCCCACCAUACGCCUGAUGCAGGCAUUUCCUCUGGCUCGUUACGUAGCCUUCAACGUGGUGAUCUGGGGAGGCCUGCUGGCUUGUUUAGCGGCGUGCAAGUCAUUCGCAUCUCUGAUGGUCUGUCGAGCGCUCCUUGGCUGUGCGGAGGCUGCUGUGGUUCCCGCUUGGGUGGUCUUCACGUCGCAAUGGUACCGGAAAGAGGACCAGGCAUUCCGGGUAGGAGUGUGGUUCUCCAUGUGCGGUUUUGCGCAGAUGCUCGGCGGAUACGUCGCAUACGGAAUUGCCAUACAUGUUGGACGGGACCCCAAUGCCGCUCUCCGUGGAUGGCAGAUCAUCUUUCUCGUGCUAGGACUCUUCACAGUUCUUGUCGGUAUUGCUUUUUUCUUCAUCCUGCCGGAUUCGCCGGUGACAGCGCGAUUCCUUACUCCAAGAGAAAAAGCCCUGCAUGCGGAGCGACUCCGCGAUAAUGAGCAAGGUAUCGGAAGCCAGAUCUUCAAGAUCGAGCAGGUUUAUGAGGCAUUGGCUGAUCCCAACACCUGGCUCUAUACGUUCUGGGUAUUUGCUGCCAACAUCCCGAACUCGAUAGCCACCAGCUUUGGAAACAUCCUCGUAACAGGAAUGGGCUACAGUUCGACCGAAAGCUUGCUCCUUGUGACACCGCUAGGGGCAUACGAAGUCGUCGUGUUGAUCGGGCUGACUUGGCUCAGCAUGAAGACUGAACAGCGUCUCUUCUGGUGUAUCGUGGGCCAUAUCCCCUCAAUUGUUGGUGCUAUUCUCAUGGCAACCACCGAAAAAGCGCCGGCCCUUGUUGGCUAUUAUCUCUCCGGCGGCAUACCUAUCGGGUGGACCACCAUCCUAGGCCUCACCAGCACCAACGUCGCAGGGUCAACCAAGAAGAUCACGGUCUCGUGUAUCCAAACCAUUGGGUACACAGUUGGCAACAUCAUAUCCCCACAUACUUUCCAGGCGAAGGACGCUCCGCGGUAUCUACCUGCAAAGAUUUCCAUUGUAAUUCUCUAUUUCCUGGUCACGGUCGACCUCUGUAUCAUCCGGUGGCUCGCCGUACGGGAGAAUAAGAGACGAGAUCUCAAGAGGGAGGAGCUAGGUGAUGCCUAUGUGGUGGAGCAAAACCAUGAGUUCCAGGACCUAACUGAUCGGCAAAAUCCGGAGUUCAGAUACGCGAUUUGA